UAUGUUUUAUUGGUAAAUAAUGAAAUUAUAAAAAUGGCAAACGAUUUAAUAUAUAAGUAUCAGAGUAUUAAACAGAAAUAUACGGGUUCCAAAGAAGCAGAUCUAGAAUUGAACAUCGAAUGCUACAGCAGAGAUUCAAUUCAAGUGCAACUAACAAAUCUAAACUAUAACAAACAAAAACAAAAUAAAAUAUUUUUGACAUAUCUUAUGUAUGUUGCUAAAUCAAUGUCAGACAUAAUAAAGAAAGAAAAACUAUUGAUAUGUAAUAAUUUUGCAUUGCAAUUGGAAACAGAACGAUGCUUUUCACGCAAAUCCAAUAGAUUUAUUUCUGCCUCAGAUAUUCAUGAUGUAGUCAUAAACGAAGUCAUUCAAGAUAUUCUAAUGUUAAGAACAAAAAACGUCUUUUAA